AUGGGUUAUGGGAGCCCGAAGACAUUAAUCCGGGGCCGGCGAACAUCUGGGUCGCCCUUCAUAGCCCAAGACAACCAAGAGGGAUCAGACCUGCUUGCUCUGCUGCCGACGUUCAUGCUCGCCGUGCCGGCGAUUCUCGACCUGAUCAAGACUGGCCUGGAGAUGAAGCUGAAGGCAAUGGAGGGCUUCAAGGGCCAGCUGGUACGAACUGCAGUUAGGCACGCCCAAGGCCACCAUGGCGAGGAGAGCGUCAUUGCGAGCAUGCUUUCAGGAAUUGGGCUCCAGGGUCCGGUGCUGAAUGGGGUCAAGGCUAAGCUCGGCCUCCAGAAGAUGCGCAUCAUCGGCUCCGGUGGGGCUCCGCUGUCUGCCGAGACGCACCACUACAUCAGCAAUGUCCUCGCGCCAGUCGCGCAGGGCUACGGAUGCACGGAGACGACUGGCGCGAUGACCAUCCAGGAGGUUGUCUCUUCCGAUGGGCGCCCGCAGGACUUGAGCGCCGGCAGGGUGGGACCAGUCCAGCCGUCGGCAGAAAUCAAGCUGUUGUCGUGUGCUGAGAUGGGUUACCUCGUGACUGACGACCCUCCAAGGGGCGAGCUGCUUCUGUCCGGCCACAACGUCACCCAGCUGGGGUACUACAAAAUGAAGGAGAAGACGGACGAGGACUUGCCGAUACAUGCGGACGGGCAGAGAUGGUUCCACUCUGGAGACAUCGGCUGCAUGAUGGAAAACGGCACGGUGAAGAUCAUUGACCGUAAGAAGGAUCUGAUCAAACUCUCUGGUGGCGAGUACGUUGCCUUGGGCAAAGUCGAGGCCGCCCUCAAGCAGGUUACCGGGAUCGGUGCCGCCGUUGUGUUUGCCAGCCCGGACAAGGACCAUUGUGUCUGUAUCGUGUCUCAGCCCGAAAAGGGCUGGAAGUCAGUCGGCGGCAAGCCCGUCGAGGCCGAGCUCGUUAAGGCGAUUGGGGAGAGCUUGCGCACCCAGAAGCUCGCCAAGUUCGAGAUACCCACCAAGGUGAAGGUGGACGAGGAGAUCUGGACUCCAGACAACGGUCUGGUCACUGCCUCCAUGAAGCUGCAGCGCAACCCGCUGCGCAAGCACUACAACGAGCCUGGGGGCCUGCUGGACCAGAUGGGCUACAGGCCUGUCGGGGACGAGGUCUUGAGGUCUGACGCCCUGGUCGUGUCCUUCCACUGCGGCCACAGCUUCCACGACAGCUGCAUCCGCCAGUGGUUCACCCGCCGGCACACCUGUCCCACGUGCAGGUUCGGCUUCGAGGUGGACGACGUCAGGUAUCUCCGCAGCAUAGGCCUGACGGACGAGGCGGAGGUCUUGGACAAGGCCCAGAAGGAGAAGCAGGCCGUGGAGAACGCGAAGCAGGUCGCGGCGAGACGGCGGUGGGUGGAGUCGAUGCGCCGCGGCGACCCAGUGCACUUCGGCCUGUCGUGCGGGCGCUGUGGGAUAUCACCCUUGAUCGGGGACUGUUACCGCUGCUGUACUUGCGAUGGCUUCGUGCUCUGCUCGGACUGCCACGUUGAGCACCAGGCCCUGCGGCGCGCUGGCGGCCCCAGCUCCGGCGCCGUGGCGGGCGCCUCGGGCGGCGAGGAGCACCCCCUGGGCCACGUCUUCGCCCCGUUCGGCGCAGGCGUCCUGGCGGGGGGCGCGGGCGAGCGGGGCGUGCCGCCAGGCCGCGGAGGCCUCCUGACCGUGCUGGUGCCUGCGCCGGCGUACGGCGGCCAGUCCUUCGAGGACGGCGCCGCGGAGGACGACGACUACGAGGAGGCGCCAGUGGCCGGAGAGGCAUCGGUGGCCGCGGCGGAGGUGGCCUUCGCCGCGGUGCGCUCGCUGGCGUUGGCCCCUCUCGCAGGGAGCCCGAUCGGCUCCGUGGUCGGCGGCCUGAGCCCACGCACCCUGCGCCGCCGCGCGCAGCGUGGCCGCUGA